AUGAUGAAUUUUCUUUGUAUAUUAGAAGUUUUCUUAAUUCUAUAUCCAUUGUCUACAAAUACAAUUCGUUGCUAUAAAUGUGAAGCUACAAAUGAAUGUAAAACAAUAAAUAAUGAUGUAUCAUCAAAAAACUAUUAUCAUUCAUCAGAUAAUGUUGAAAUAAUUGAAUGUGAAUAUUAUUGUUGGAAAUCAGUUUCACUUGGAAAUGUAUAUCGUGGUUGUGCAAAAAAACGUUGUGCAAUUUCACAUACAGUUGGAACAUUUUCAAGUAGUGUCUGUUGUGGAACAGAUUAUUGUAAUGGAAUUAAUCGAAUGUUUGUAUCAAAAUUUCUCUUGAGUAUCAUCAUUGGAUCAACUUUAAUAUAUCAAUAUUUAUGA